UCACCCGAUUCAUGGGCAAAACAUCUGAUAUUCUACCAGCAAAGCGCUCUUCCCCAUAGCGAUAACUACAUAAAAAUAUCCUGUAUUAAAAAAACAGAAGGAAAAAAAAGUCUCUGUAUCAGUAUUGCUCUUAGAUGAGUGUUUCUGGCUGUAAUACAUUAAGCUGACUUUUUUUUUUUAAACUUUUAUUCCUGAAAAUGGCUUUUCGAUUCAAUUUUUCUAUUGAUGAAAAUGAGAACAAUGAACCAGACACUCACGAUAAGACGGACUUACAGCUGUGCUCUCCAAGACACAAGCAGGAAUCCACAGAAAAGAGCAAGCAAACUGCUGAGACCGUAGCAGACUCCAGCCCAAGGCUGGGUACUGAUAAGCACCAAGAUGAGACACCACCAAAGAAAGAGUUCUGCUGUAAAGCGGCCAAGGAGCACGAUAUUCCUGAAGAUCUCGACAAAGUAUUGGAAAAUAAAGUCAUGGAAACAGUAUCAGACCUGUAUUACAUAAAUAUGUCUGUAGUGGAAAUGACGUGUUUGGAUGGUACCGAUGGAGAAGGCAUUGUGUCUAAAAGUGUUGCUUCUCACUCCGACCUCAUCCCGGGAGUCUAUGAGGGAGGACUGAAAAUCUGGGAAUGCACCUUUGACCUCAUAGACUACUUUUCCGAGGCUGAAAUACAGUUUACCAACAAGACGGUAUUGGAUCUCGGCUGCGGGGCUGGACUGCUGGGAAUAGUUGCUUUACGGGGUAAAGCUGACAAAGUCCAUUUUCAGGACUACAACAGCACAGUGAUUGAUGAAAUAACCUUGCCUAAUGUGGUGGCUAACUGUAGAAGUGAAGGCAAUAGGAUGGGCAGCGGAGACGACAGAAAAACUAGCAAGCCGCCUUCGAAGAGGCCCAAGAAAGCGGAGUGCUCACCUGAUGCGCUCACCAAAUGCAGAUUUUUUUCUGGAGAGUGGUCUGAAGUCAGCCGACUCCUGUUAAGCAGCAACAAACCCUUUUCAAAGUAUGAUAUAAUUCUCACAUCUGAGACCAUCUAUAAUCCUGGCUACUACGGUGCUUUGCAUGAUACACUGGCUCAGCUCUUGGAUAAAAACGGCUGUGUGUAUUUGGCAAGCAAAGCACAUUAUUUUGGGGUUGGCGGUGGUAUCCACCUCUUUGAGGAAUUCACUGUAGAGAGAAAUGUGUUUAGGACCAGCAUAGUUAAAAUAAUUGAUAAAGGACUGCAGCGAUGUAUUAUGGAAAUGUCCUUUAAAGAUUCCAGUUAAAAUUCAAGCACUGGUCCUUCAAAAAUACCUUAAAGACAAAAUGUUUUAAUCCUCUUAUCUCUUUGCUUUUUCCUCUGUUGAGUUAUUCUGGUUUGACAAAUUAAGGAUGCUCGUUAUUGAAAUGUUUGACAAAUUCUGAUGUCUGACUAGAAGUGAAGGACUCUUCUGAUCCUGGUUUUGCAUAGAAAAAUAGAGUUCUGCUUAAACUGGCAUCUGUUUAUGCCAAUUGUCAUUUACAUGUAUUUAAAAAUUAAGCAAGUCACUGUCCCCAGUCCCCCCCUCUCAUUCUUUGGCAGUGCCAGAACUGUACGUCACAGGAGCGGCUGCUGAGCGCAGCCUGAAGGAGAUCAUUUAGCAUCCUACUAUAGUGCAGGAAGGGGCUCUCAAGGGUUAGGCUCCCAACUCAGACAUGCUUUAACUGCAGCAACAGAUUUUGGAAUCGACCACAUACCUGCGUGCUCUGCUGCUUUGCCACCAGAGGGAGAUGUGAUGAUAUUUAUCACUUCUGUUCUAUUCUGCUAGCAAUCUCGCAAGUCUUUGUAAUGUUUCCGUAUGUAAUGCACACAUGACUUUUAUUCAAGCCUUUGAAAAGGUGUGCCAGAGAAUAUUUACUAGUGUGGUCUGUAAAUUUUCACAUUCAGAUUUUGACAUCACUCUUAAGAAAAUUUCAGCAAGUAAUUGGAAAUAGCCAUACUGGUUUUAGAAAUGAAUAAAACUGAUUUCUGUUUUAGAAGCCAAGUUGAAAGAAGAUUCUACACAGGAGAAGUUCCUUAAAACGAACAACCUAAAAAACUACAAAUGCAGUCCAGGAAACUGGAGGAUGACAGAACUGACCUUUAGGUGACAAGUGGGAAAGGAGAUAAACCGCGCUUUUGUAGCGGAUUGCCAACUAGAGUGCUGUACUGGGUUGGGGUUUGGGGAUUUUUUUUUUUUUUACAAGAUUUUUCCAGAAAUUAAACUGCCCAUACACUAUGACCCGUUUUCAAAACUUGGAGGGGGAUACUGCUGGGGGUACUACUGAACACUCGCACCUCUUCAAUCUUUUCAGCAGUUUGGCAGGGCAGCAAGCGUUCCAUGUACAAGUCACUCUUGUCCUAGGCUGAAGAUAGUGAUGUUGCUGAAGAAAUUACCUUACCAAAAAUGCAAACAAACCCAAAGAACUACAAAACCGGGUCCUGAGUGCUUGGUGUCACCAACAAUUCACACAAAAAAAUCCAUUGCAUGUUUUGUCUUAACCGAAACUGGACAAAAAGCUAUCACGUAACUCUUAACAGGUACAUCAAAGCUACUGCUUACGCACUGCUUUAUUGGGUGCCCUUGCAGAAAUAUAAACUUAGAGACAGUCAACCACUGGAGUAAACCAGAUGCAAGGAUAAUCCGUGUAGGGGAGAAAGGACAAUAGUCUGAGGGGAUGGAAAGAAACUUAUUAAAGCAGUGACCUAAAUCACUUUAAUUAUUGCAUAAAGUUCCCGUCAUUGCAGGCUAUGAAAGUCAACUGCAAGAUUCCAAUUUUGACUGUGUUGCUAUUAAGAUAGUCAUAGAGGAUUUCCUGUACUUUACAGAAGAGCCUUAACAACUACUAUUGUUUGAAACACAAUUCUAAGUAGACUAAUUUAAAGGGAUGCUUUGGAAACUACUGAAGUUGCUCUUUUAUAGGAGAGAGGGGGGGGAAAAAAAGCAGUCCGUUGUGCCAUGGCUGUGAUUGCACUUGGGAAUUUUUCUGCAUCAACUCUGAAACUUACUGAUGCUAGACAACUGCUGACUACAGAUUGAGGAACAAAAGGAAGUUUUUGCUUUGGCAGAUCAAUAAAGUACUGUUAACAGUUCUUUUUUGUCAAAACUGGGAAGUUGGAAACAAAGUGAUGACCACUUGCCAUUUUUCAAACCUCAGUUGUAAGACAAAUCGUGGCUUGCACACAGUGACUGAAUAGCUUGUUCUACACCUGCUAGGUCUAGUGCUGUUUCAGAGAACAGUACCUGAAGUAAUAAUAAAUAUUGACCACUAUGACAAUGAAUAUGGUUAAGAACAAGUAUCUCAUGUAUUUUUUGAUUAAUGAAGGUGGUACUUAAAAUCUUCUA